CACUCUUCGUGUUAACAACGAACACACAACACCUACAUUUAUCAAUAUUCAAAAUUAUUUUGUUCGACAUCUAACUACAUCGCUUCGAUCAGGUACAAUAUUAGUCUGCCGACAGCUGUUGUAUCUGUGCAAGUAGAUAUCUUCUUCUCCCCAACAUUCAUCUACAAAAUCAUCGUCACGUCAAGACAUUUGUCCAAACAUAAAGCUCAGAACGGUUUUAGUUUUGAACGACGAUAUCCAUUCAUCAAAUUUAUAAACUAUGAUGCAUUAUCAGAAUGUGGUAGUUAUCAUAUUAACAUUCAAUCUGAUGGUAGACUGCGCACCAAGGGCUCCUGAAGUUAUAGAAUGGCACACCCAAAAUCACUUUUGCGGCUCAGCCAUCCCGAUUAUUAUGGGGCUAAUUUGCAAAGUCCCCGAGCGUAUCCCUCCUAAACAGGUUGAAGAUACUAACCGUCGAGUACGGCGCAAUAUCGUUGACGAAUGCUGUAAGGCUCCGUGCAGCCUAAUUUACAUGCAAUCCUAUUGCCAUGAAGAUCUCGAAAAAACUAGCACGGAUAAACAGAUUAUCAGGUACACAUAAUAGAAUUAAAGAUCACCAGCAAUAUAACAACAGACAACUUCAACAACUACAACAUCAGGACCAAUAGCUACAACCACUAGACUGGCUCCAAUGUAAUUAAGAUCCCAGCUAAGGGACAAAAGAUUUGUGAUUUUUGCUGUACCGAUUAUUUCAAACAAAAUAAAUAUUUUUAUUUAUAUUUA